AGCGGUCCCUGAGCGCCAGCAGCGGUCCCUGAGCGCGAGCAGCGGUCCCUGAGCGCGAGCAGCGGUCCCUGAGCGCGAGCAGCGGUCCCUGAGCGCGAGCAGCGGUCCCUGAGCGCCAGCAGCGGUCCCUGAGCGCGAGCAGCGGUCCCUGAGCGCCAGCAGUGGUCCCUGAGUGCGAGCAGCGAUCCCUGAGCGCGAGCAGCGGUCCCUGAGCGCGAGCAGCGGUCCCUGAGCGCGAGCAGCGGUCCCUGAGCGCGAGCAGCGGUCCCUGAGCGCGAGAAGACACACAGGACCGUAGAAGAGGUAGCAAGAGAGCUGCGCCGCUCCGCUAACAGCAGAAGGCAGCCAUGCGAGGCUCGGCCCCUGUGGUGGCGCUGCUGUCACUGCUGCUGCAGGUGUGGACCUCUCACGCCCUUGGGGGCUACCCAGGCACCUUCUACCAGAUCAUGCUGAGGUUCAACAAGGAGAGGAAGUACGCCAGGACGGCUCCCUCCCCCAGCAGGCUGUGGGCCAUCCUCGACCCCGCCGCCUCCCUCGGCUCCCUCAGCCGCGAACCUCUUAACUCGAACCGCAUCGUCAGGAGCGCUGCCUUCAGGAGCCCGGAGCCCCGUCAGCUGGAGGCGAGUCGGGAUCCUGUUGUUGAAUCCUCACCAGAGGACCCCGUGACGGAGGAGGUAACGGCCACGCUACAGACACGUGCCCCUCUGGAGGAAGCUGUGACACAGACACCUCCUGUGGAGGCACUUCAGGAAGCAGAUCUGACACAGACACCUCCCGUGGAGGCACCUCAGGAAGAGGCUGUGACACAGACACCUCUCGUGGAGGCACCUCUGGAAGAGACUGUGACACAGACACAGACACCCCCCGAGGAGAGUGUGACACCCUCCGCAGAGGUGUCGCAGACAGUUGUUCCCGCAGCUGGCGCAGAAGAUGGUCACAUUGCUGAGUCAGUUGACAGCGCCGAGCCACGGACGGAGGCGUGUGGUGGGGACGUGUGGCUGCAGGAGGCGGACACCAACCUGACGGUGCAGGAGGGCGGCAAGCUGGAGCAGACGCUGGCCACGCCAGGCUGGGAUACCGGAGAGUACCCUCAGGGCAUCGAGUGCGUCUGGAACAUUAAUGUAGGGACGGAGUGCCGUGCGGGGCUGCUGCUGUACAAGGUGCUGGAGGGUGAGGUGCGAGAGACCAGCAGGUGUUCUGAGGACUUCCUGGAGGUCAUCCAACCUAAUGGCUUCUCCACCAAGUACUGCGGGCCCCUGGUCAACAGGGGCAGGGCUGUGUCGGGCACGGACACCUGGAGCUCCGCACAGCCACGCACCACAACACUCCGCUUCAAGUCCACGGCACGGAGACCAGACCUUGCCACCUCCAGCAGCCCCAGGGGCUUCAAGAUGGAAGUUACCUACUAUUGUUGGGUCUACAACCAAGCCAUCCGCGGCACCUCUGUAGGAGCCGCUGCUGGGUCUGGCACCUCUGUAGGAGACGCUGCUGGGUCUGGCACCUCUGUAGGAGCCGCUGCUGGGUCUGGCACCUCUCUAGGAGACGCUGCUGGGUCUGGCACCUCUGUAGGAGACGCUGCUGGGUCUGGCACCUCUGUGGGAGACGCUGCUGGGUCUGGCACCUCUGUAGGAGCCGCUGCUGGGUCUGGCACCUCAGUAGGAGACACUGCUGGGUCUGGCACCUCUGUAGGAGCCGCUGCUGGGUCUGGCACCUCUGUAGGAGCCGCUGCUGGGUCUGGCACCUCUGUAGGAGCCGCUGCUGGGUCUGGCACCUCUGUAGGAGACGCUGCUGGGUCUGGCACCUCUGGAGGAGACACUGCUGGGUCUGGCACCUCUGUAGGAGACGCUGCUGGGUCUGGCACCUCUAAAGGAACUGGUACCUCUGGAGAAUCUAGCACACUUGGAGAGGAUUCCGGAACAACGACUGAAGUGGACACUAAUAAGACUCUCACCGUCAGAAGGAAACGUCAGCACUACUAACAUUGAUCGUUGCAGCGAUUACAUAACCCUGCACUACGAGAGAUCACCUGUACGACUAGAGAACACCUGUACCACUAGAGAACACCUGUACCACUAGAGAACACCUGUACCACUAGAGAACACCUGUACCACUAGAGAACUCCUGUACCACUAGAGAACACCUGUACCACUAGAGAACACCUGUACCACUAGAGAACACCUGUACCACUAGAGAACACCUGUACCACUAGAGAACACCUGUACCACUAGAGAACACCUGUACCACUAGAGAACACCUGUACCACUAGAGAACACCUGUACCACUAGAGAACACAUGUACCACUAGAGAACACAUGUACCACGAGAGAACACCUGUAACACUAGAGAACACCUGUACCACUAGAGAACACCUGUAACACUAGAGAACACCUGUACCACUAGAGAACACAUGUACCACUAGAGAACACCUGUACCACUAGAGAACACCUGUAACACUAGAGAACACCUGUACCACUAGAGAACACCUGUAACACUAGAGAACACCUGUACCACUAGAGAACACCUGUAACACUAGAGAACACAUGUACCACUAGAGAACACAUGUACCACGAGAGAACACAUGUAACACUAGAGAACACUGGCACAAUUAAAGAACGCAAGCACGGCUAGAGAAUAAUAUAAGGAGAGAGAACCGUUGUGAGCAAGGAGCGCCCCCAGGCGGUGACACCCUGGCCGCCGCUCUCUGCCUCAAACACCUUCUUGCUAUUAUUAUAUUAACAUGUGUAUAAAACCUGUUUUACCUUGAAGACAAAUUAAUUAUUUUGUAUAUUAAGGAUUUGUACAGUUUUAUGCCAAGGUUAGUUGAUGGCUUUUGGUUUCGGUAACAAUUAUUUCCCAACCCGUCUUUAUCUAGGCUGGUUAAAGCAGCGGCCGUCCUCCCCAGACGCAUUCAUCAAUUUUAACAUUCUGUGUCUUAAAAAUGAGUUUGUUCUUAUAUAUAAAUUAAUAUUCUUAUACAUAAAAAUUC